UUCUUCUUCAGCUCUAAAUCGUGCCUUCUACUCUCUCUCUCUCUCUGUGUGUACAUGUUGAUGAGUGCGGUUGUAGGACGACUGCAAGCAUGUCGCGGAGCGCCCCGGUUGUCCCCAUGUCCCAGUCUCCCCGAGAUGACCUUGAGUCGAGGCAGCCGCCGCCGCCGCCGCCAGGGUGCAGGCGGUUUCUGUCAGCCUCACCGGCGUCCUGCUAUUUGCCCACGUUCGCGAAGCCCGGCCUUCCUCUCGUCAAGAAGGUGAUCGCCGAGUUCGUGGGCACCUUCAUCCUCAUCUUCAGCGCGGCGGCUACGCCGAUAGUGAACCAGAAGUACGACGGUGCCGCAACCCUUCUCGGCGCCGCCACCUCAGCCGGACUCGCCGUUUGCGUCGUCAUCAUCUCCAUCGGCCACAUCUCCGGCGCCCAUCUGAACCCUUCCGUCACUAUCGCGUUCGCCGCCGCCCGCCAUUUCCCGUGGACGCAUGUCCCCGGAUACGUACUGGCCCAAGUGCUGGGCUCUACCGCCGCGUCCUUCGCCCUCAAGGCCAUCUUCCACCCCUUCCACUCCGGCGGGGUGACUGUCCCCACACUGAGCACAGCUCAGGCCUUCUUCCUCGAGUUCGUCAUCACCUUCACUCUCAUGUUCGUCAUCGUCGCCGUCGCAACCGACACCCGUGCAGUGAGAGAACUGGCAGGAGUGGCUAUUGGGGCAACUGUGCUGCUCAACAUCCUCGUUGCUGGGCCGUCCACGGGGGGAUCGAUGAACCCGGUGAGGACGCUCGGGCCGGCGAUAGCGACCGGAAACUACGAGGAGAUAUGGAUAUAUAUGAUUGCACCCGUCGCAGGAGCCAUUGCCGGAGCUUACGCCUACACUGCCGUCAAACUUGGAGCAGACGAUCAGGAAGAGUCUCAGCCAUGACGACGCACUGCGGUGUAUGGAAGAGGAAUUAUUGUGGGAGAAAUAUCAUCUCAAUUAAUUAUAAUCUAUUUUGGAAUGGUUGCGGAUGCUAGCUACGUUCUAUCGCUACAUUGCACCGGUUGAAAGAGUACGCAAACUGAGUGUUUGGUUAGGAGGAAGACAAGAGGGAGAUAUGAUAUAUUUGACCAAAUAAUAAGCAAUGUAAUAUGUAAUGUUUUAAAAUUUAAAAUAUUAAUGUAU